AUGGCACAAACGACUCGGAAACCGAGCUUGACGACUAAAGCCGUUAACGUUAACACGUGUGGGGAACCCAGAGAAGAAGAUUCUCCCCCUCAUAAUGUUGUCGGCGCCAGUGAUCUCUUACCAGUGUGCAACGUAGCCAAAAUAAAAAGGCAUGCCCAUUUGAACACUAUUACAAGACUGAAAUACAAACCUUUAUAUCAGAAAAUCAUAAUUAUGUUCCUCGAAGUGAUAACAUAUGCAAGAUUGAUGCACAAUUCAAUAGCUCUUGCUAUAUUUCUAAUGGUUUUCUUAAUGGUCUGGAGUGUACAUCGACCACGUGGCAUGCCUCCUGGACCACGUGGUCUACCAAUCAUUGGCAGUAUUUUGUCCAUAACACAAAACAUACAUAAUGACUUCCAACGGUUGGCAAAGAAAUAUGGCGAUAUAUUUGCCAUCAAGUUAGGGAGUCAGCAAGUUGUUGUUCUAAACAACUAUGAACUGAUCAAAGAAGCCUUAGUUAUUAACCAAACUGACUUUGCAGGUAGACCAAACACAUUCACAGGAGAUAUGAUAUCCGAAGGCAGUCAAUUCAUCGUUCUAGAGGACUAUGGAGCCAUAUGUAGAAUGCAAAGGAAAAUAGUGCACAGUGCUAUAAGAGCUUAUUUAUCGGGAAAUAGCCAUAUUGAACACAUGGUUGCUGAGGACGCCUUUCCCCCGCUACAACAAGCCUUAGAAGAAAAUGAUGGCAAAGUGGUUAAGCCCAGGUCUUUGAUAUUUUUAAUGGUCAACAACAUCAUUGCUCAAUUUAGUUAUGGCCAAAAGUACUCUCUGGAUGACCCAGAGUUUAAAUACGUCAUGAGAUUUAUGGAUGAUGUGACAAGGAUCGCAGGCAGUGGUUUUGUGGCUGAUAUCAUUCCUUGGAGUGCUUACAUUCCAACUAAAGCUACCAGUGAAUUCAAGAAGGUCACCAGAACGUUCCCGCCUUUUAUGUAUAAGAAACUUGAAGAGCACAAAAAGAAAUUUAAUAAAGACAACUUAGAUGAUUUGUUUGAUCAUCUUAUUUAUGCUCAAAAUUAUACGACCGGAUCUUACGAUCUCACAGACGCUCGUAUAGUUCAAACUGUCGCUGACGUCUUCAUAGCCGGCAUUGAUACCACUGCACAUACACUAGAUUAUUCUAUGAUAUACUUGGUCUGUUACCCGGAUGUACAAGUCAAAGUUGCUCGUGAGAUUGACGAUGUUGUUGGACAGGAACGUUUGCCACUGAUAUCAGACCGACCUCAUAUGCCAUAUUGCGAUGCAGUAAUUCACGAGAUCAUGAGAAUACGAGCAGUUGAGCCAUUGGCUGUACCUCACAAAGCAAUGGUCGAUUCUUCUAUUGAUGGUUAUAAUAUUCCAAAGGGUACCUGGCUAAUGACCAACGUGUGGGCUGCUCACAUGGAUGAGAAGUACUGGGAGAACCCUGAACUGUUUAAACCAGAGAGAUUUCUUACGGAAAAUGGCUCACUGAAACCAAAACAAGAUAGCUUCUUUCCAUUCUCGAUGGGACGUCGAGUAUGCGUGGGGGAAUCACUGGCCAAGUCUGAGAUAUUUCUUCUUUUCGCCACACUUUUUCAACGUUUCUCAUUUUCAAAAGUUCCUGGAAAGCCUCUGCCGACACUUGAUGGCGCAUUCAGCUUUCUGGUUCUUAGGGCGCCUGACUACGAGGUCAUCGUCAAGAAGAGAUUUUAG